CUCACUGCGCCGCGAUCGCUCAUUACUAACAGGCGUUGUGAACAGCGAUUCAUCGGCGAUUUUCCAAAGAAAUUGGAUUAAAAUGGCAGUAGAAUCGAGGGUUACACAAGAGGAAAUCAAAAAAGAGCCAGAAAAGCCAGUGGACAGAGAAAAGACAUGCCCACUUCUCCUGAGGGUGUUCACCACCAACAAUGGAAGGCACCAUCGCAUGGACGAGUUUGCCCGGGGGAAUGUACCAUCUAGUGAGCUUCAGAUUUACACCUGGAUGGAUGCUACUUUGAAAGAACUGACAAGCCUGGUGAAGGAAGUCUAUCCAGAAGCUAGAAAGAAAGGCACACAUUUUGGGUUUGCCAUUGUUUACCCAGACCCUAAACGACAAAUCUACAGGGUUAAAGAGAUUGGCAAUACUGUUUCGGGACGCAAAGGUGCAGAUGACUCCAUGACGCUUCAGUCUCAGCGCUUUCAGAUUGGAGAUUACCUUGACAUCGCGAUCACUCCGCCGAACCGUGCACCACCUCUCCAAGGACGCAUGAGACCCUACUGAUCCUCCUGAAACAAGACUUGCUUGCAUUUAAAUAGAGGGAUAUUUUCUGGAAAUCUGCCUUCCUACAGAGUUUGGUUCAAUCCCUGCCUGUGCUUUUCAGGUGAACCUCAAGACUCUGAUCAUCUGUUUGUGAAGUCAGAACUAAACUCUGCAGGAAGGUCCAUCUCCAGCAGCAGGAUUGGGUAGAUAUUGGGGGUUGGAAGUUAUAUAGAUAUUUUUUUCAUAUUUUACGUUUUUCAUGGGGUUUUAUACAAGGUCUGCCUUUUAAGUUUUAGCCCUGUUACCAUGAUUCCCAUAAAAUGUUGAAUAAAUUUUUUUUUUUUCAGUAU